UUCUCCACCAAAUAUAAAAACCCCCUCCGUUUUCUUCACCUAAAAAAACACCCACGAGCUGUGAUCCCAAGUCCCAUGGGCUGAAUCAAAGUCUUAUUCAGAUCUUCAAAAAAUUCAAGAUUUGCAAAUUCAGUUCUUGAUUGUUACUACAGAUUUGAGGAGCAAUGGCAGUUAAAGGGAGACAUUCCCGAGUUGGGCCUCGAAAAUCCUCAAAUUCUACACUAAUCUUUGGUGGAUUUAUUUUGUUGUCAUUUGUGGGUCUCAUUUUUCUUGCUUUCCGAAUUAUCUCCAUUCCUCGUAGUUCAAAGGGUUCUCAGAAAGCACAUGAUCUUAGCUCUACAGCACACAACACUGUUCAAAGACAAGAUGAUGAUGACGAUGGAAAAAAAGAUCAGUGGGUUGAAGUGAUUUCUUUAGAACCAAGAGCCUAUGUUUACCAUAACUUCUUGGAUUCCACCUCUAUGGAGCUCGUAGAGACUUGGCUCUCAUCAAUGAUCAUCAUCAAGUGUGAAGUGUGGAAAUACACACUCGAGGCCCUUUGAAACGCUUCAAAUGUGGUGAAUAAGCUCCAAUGAAGAUCGUAGACUCUAAGUUGAGCUCCAUCACAAAUCAUAGGCUCUAUAAAUGCACUCGAGCCAAUGAGAAUCAUAUCAAGGACUGAGGCCCAAACUGAUCACUAUUUGAAAUACAUUAAAAACCAUUUCGCAUUUUCUUUGCAUUUUACUUGGAAAAGUGUUUAAUAGUUGAAACUCCGAAAGCUUGUCAUUAUAAGCUAAGGUUCUAAAUUUGGCAUUAUACUAAGCUAAUGGGCCCUACACGGCAUGAAUCCAAAUACAGUCAGCCUUCAAUGUUGGUAUCCGACACCGAAUGGAAAAAAAAAAGGUCAAAGCUUUGUCCACA